AACUUUAGAAUGCUUGGGCCCAGGGUCGUGAAAGUUGAUAGGGAGGUUAAUCAUGACCAGCAGAUGACCCCUAUUGAUUUUGAGGUCAUUAGGUCAAAGGUCAAGGUCACAUUGACCCAGAACAAUAGAAAUUUUAUGUACAGUGACCAAAUGAUUUCUGUUCCUUGUGCAAUUAAUGAAUGCAUCAAGGGGGGAGGAUUGCAUGUUCUACGAGCUCUUGUUUUAAUUAAAAUCAUGGCUAUUUAAAUUUGAUUAAUAAAAGCAUUUGCUGUUUCGUUAUUACAUGUACAUCUUUCAUAUAAAACUAUUAGGCAACCAUAGAGCUCAGCAUUGCCAUUGGCCUAUUUCAAGACAGUAGAAUCAACCAAUCAGAAUUGUUUGCAUUUAUCCAAAAAAUAUUACUUAAUACAGUUCUGGCUGUCACUGAUUCCUCUUUCAUUAUGUACAAGCAAACUGGGUGUAAAAUGUUUUUAGCAUAAUUAUUAGAAUAUAUUUCAUUUCUUUGCAAAAUUGCAGUGUUCAUGCAAUGGUUACCAUCUCACUUCAGUAUUUUUGCUCACCAUUAUCCUACUAUACAUUCUCUAUUGUUUGUUUUAUCAUUACAGAGUAAUAGAGUAACCCAGAACAAUGUACAGGAAACACCAAGGUUCAGCAACAGAGCACCAACAUCAGCUUCCUCCAGGGGUAAAGUUGGGUCUGCACGAUCGCGACAGAGUUACGCAGCACGGCCACCAGCUACACAACAGAAUGGACAGGCAGAUGCAAAUGAAGUAAAGAAACCGGGAAUACCCGUAGCUGCAGAUCGUAGAAAAUCAAAUUGUGUGAAAGAAGUGGAGAGGAUAGAACAAAGAAGGAAGGACAGAAGAAAAGAGCAUGCUGCUAUACGAGAGCAGCACGAGGGUGAAUAUGACACCUCCGAUCCUAACUGGCAGUUCUACGCAAUGAUCAAGGAGUACAGAGCACAUCUAGAAUACCGGCCGCUAACGUCAUCUGACCCUAUAGUGAACCACCAAAUUUGUGUCUGUCUUAGAGUAAGACCACUCAACAGAAAAGAAAUUCAGAAAAAGGAGACCAAUGUUACAACAGUUCCCAACAAAGAAACUGUGAUUAUACAUGAGCCUAAAACCAAAGUGGACCUUACGAAGUACCUGGAAAAUCAAAACUUCCGCUUUGACUAUGCAUUUGAUGAAAAUGCCUCAAAUGAAAUGGUUUAUAGAUACACAGCAAAGCCUUUGGUAGAUUGUAUAUUUGAAGGAGGAAUGGCCACAUGUUUUGCAUAUGGUCAGACAGGAAGUGGUAAAACACAUACUAUGGGAGGGGAAUUUACUGGUGGCAAGGGUCAACAGGAGUGUGCGAAAGGAAUCUAUUGUCUAGCUGCACGAGAUGUAUUUAAAUUAAUUCAUACAAAAUUUAAGAAGUUGGAUCUGGCGGUUGGAGCAAGUUUCUUCGAAAUUUAUAGUGGAAAGGUUUUCGAUUUAUUAAACAAGAAACAAAAGUUACGGGUUCUUGAGGACCACAAGGGACAGGUUCAGGUCGUAGGUCUCAAAGAGGAAACAAUUGCCAGUGCUGAUGAUGUAUUACGACUUGUUGCGCACGGGAACAACGUGCGAACGUCAGGAGUGACCUCAGCAAAUCAGCAUUCCUCGCGUUCACAUGCAGUGUUUCAGAUAAUACUAAGGAAAAAAAAUACGAACAAGUUAUUUGGAAAAUUUUCUCUAAUUGAUUUAGCUGGUAAUGAAAGAGGACAAGACACAAAAAGUUCUGAUAGACAGACGAGAAUGGAGGGUGCUGAGAUCAAUAAGAGUUUGUUGGCAUUAAAGGAAUGUAUACGAGCAUUAGGACGGAAGGCUGGCGCUUACCUACCAUUUAGAGCCAGUAAACUAACACAAGUAUUGAGAGAUUCUUUCAUUGGUGAUAAUUCCAGAACUUGUAUGAUAUCUAUGGUAUCUCCAGGAAUGAGUUGUUGUGAACACACACUGAACACAUUGAGAUAUGCAGACAGAGUGAAAGAGCUAGGUCCAGGAGGCCCUGUUGAAGGGAAACCAGCUGAGAUAGAGUUGUCCGAUAACUAUAACAAUCUAGGGGCCAUGUCUCCACAAAACAGUGCUUUAGCCCUUUUAAGGACACAGAAUCGAGAUGAAGUGUCAGAAGAUAUGAUGACGUUCCAUGAGAAAGUUAAUCAUAUGCAGGAAUUGGAAGAGGAAAUAAUUGAUGACCAGAAAUCACUGAUUGAUAACACUCAGAAAUGGUUGACAGAACAAAGAAAACUUUUCAAACAGACUGAUGAAGUGGAUUAUGAUGUUGAAGGCUAUGCAAAACAGCUAGACGCACUACUUGCAAAAAAGAUAACAGAAUUAACAUCAUUACGGGAGAAGGUUGCAAACUUUCGUACAGACAUUCAGGAGGAAGAGACUUUGAGCAAAAACAUGAAAAUGAACAAGAAAAAGUGACAGUGAUAACUUGAGGGCCAAAUAAAUAGAAUUCCUGUUUUUUUAAGAGGUUGCUUUGCACAUGUUUUCUGUACAGAAAACACAAAAAUUUAGAUGAACAACUUUAAGGUGUGGAAUAUUUGUGGAUCAGACCAUUGGAAUUAAUUUAUUUUGGCUGUAGUCUAGGACAAAGUCUAAUGUGUCUCUAGUACUAUGUUGAAGCUACAGUUCAUUGUCCAGUGUCAUUUGUACAUGUGCAUUGAUGUCAUCAACGAUCAUUAAGAAAAAGCUUAAAGUGCGCUAAAAGUGUCCAUUACCUUGUGAACGCUGUGUGUGCCGGCUUUUUGUGAUAAUCUCAGAUUUAAAAUGCAAAGAGUAUAUGUUUAUUAGAACUUACUCGGUAGAAGGCUUGUAUUGAGUGGUUUAUGCCCAAAAUGGGAGUAUAUUGUUUUGUGCACAACACUUAAAAUUUCAACCAAAUAAACCUAAUUGCUAAGCGCUAAUACAUUGGAUGUUCACUUCCGUAUGUGCUUUUUCUAAGAACUGAACUUCCCAAUUUCAGACUUAAAAUUUUCUGUGAAAGCAGGUUUCUCAAAAUCUACAACGCCAAAUGCUUCCAAACUUCACACAUGACGUCAGCCCCAUUUGCUUCUGAAACAGUCUGUGUAUGAAAAGAAUUGGUACCACUGUCUUACCCUUGCAUGAUCAUUAGAGGCGACUAGAAGGGUGAGCAUUUGAAUUUGCUGCAUCUCUGUGUUUCCAGCAGGUACAAAAGUUUUGAUUUUAUACUUCAUGUUUUUAUUUCCAUGUAAAUGAGACAUGAAACCAAAAUUUUUAGCCCUGUUUGUCGCCGUGUAACCUGUACUGUGUUGGUGCGCCGUAAAACCAAAUCAAGUCAAAUUGCACAUGACUUCAGCAUCAAGAGGUGACCUUGUGUGGCAAGUUACAUAACGAUAGCUUUUAUUUUGUUGUUAUUAUGCCCUUUUCUAACUUAGAAAUUUUGUGAGGUUUGCAAGUAAAUAUGUUUUACAAAAUGUUUUCAGAUUCUCCACAUGUCUUAGCAACAUCGGCAAGUUUCAUUAUUCUGGCUUACAUUUUAUCAAAAUUAUGCCCCUUUUCGACUUGGAAUAUUUUACUAAAGCUUUUGUGUGUAAGCUAGUAUUAGAUGGAAGGAUUCUUGUUUAUGAUGUUUUUUUAUCAUUUAACCUAGUGUGCAAAAGAAUGGCUUUCUCCUGCUUAAAAGUCAAGAUCUGCUUACCUUAAUUCACCUGAGAAGUUUAUAUAAGUGUUCUUAUUUAAAAUAACUGACAGAAAAAUAAUUGUAUACAUUACUGAUUAGUUACACUGUUCCGAAUGUUACGCUGAUAAGGACAUCUUGCAUAAUAGUACAUUAAUGUUAUUGGAUUGGUAAAUUAUCCUUGCAAAUGUUUACAUGAUGUUUAGUUAUGAAGGGCUUAGUAAUCAUAAUUGUCAGUUGUGAUAUUUUUUCUAUUUAUACCAUUGACUAUCCAUGUGUGUAAACAGUAUCCUUGUUGGAUGCAUGUUAACUGUAUCCUUGUUUAUUUUGUGAUAUAAAGGUGUAUGAAAACUUAUUUUGAAAACUUCAGUAGGAUUACAGUUUCAUCUAGCUUUUCAUGUAAAUAUUCAUGAAUAAAUAAAGAUUUAUUAUAGUUGUAUUUAAAAGUGAUUACAGAGGUCUAACAAAAUGUGUUAAGGUUUCUUCAGUGUAUAUGAUAUGACUGUCUUUCGAAUAAUGAACUGAGUGCAUGUCUAGAUCUGUGUCAAAGAUACUCAUAAACUGUUCAGGACAAUACUGGUGUAAUUAUGUAUCAAUAUCUAUAAUGUCUUACUGUUAAACUUCAUGCAGUUUGUCAAAGACAAAGUAUUUUUCUUGUCCAAGAUGUUGACUAAUUCCUACAUGCAAAAGAUAAAUAUGAUCUUUAAUGUAACUACACUUACCUACCUUGUACAUGAAGUGCUUGGAAUGUAGUUGGGUUGUUAGUAAAAUAACAAAGACUACAAGGUGACAGUUUUUCCAGCUUUGUCAAAUACAGUGUACAAGUUUAUUUUACAAGCUGGACUUGUAGGUGUUAUAAUGACAUUGUGUAAAAUACUGCGGUCGUGGAACAAUUCCAUAAAGUCAGUGUUCUUUUAACUGCCAUUGUAUUGCUUUAAAUAUUACUUUGGUUAAUGGGAUAGUAUGUUCAUACGAAAAAUAACUUACCAUCAGUUGCCUCUCGGUUUGCAAAUUGUUGUGUUCUAUAAUUUGUGUUUUCUUUAGAUUUUUAUUUACAAAUUUUUAGUAAGUAUUGUGUAAGGUCCAAUACAUCAUUUUCAUGGUUAACCUUUAGACUGCUAAAUUUCUAAAAUGGACUGGUCCAUCAUUCAAAUAGGGCAGUACCAUUUAUCAUUCGAAGGGGUGUUCACUCAAAAUUUUUUGACUGAAUAGGGAACAGUGCAGACUAUGAUCAGCCUGCAUAUCUGCAAAGGCAGAAUCACUUGCUGCCAGCAGACUAAAGGUUAAUUUUCAUGCAAAGUUAUUCCAUAAAUGUUGUGAAAUAUAACUCCUAGGGUCCAGAAAUAAAUUAGUCUUAGCUAAGUGGUGCUAACGUUUGCUCAAUAUUUUAUUUUAUUUUUUUAUUUUUUUUGAGGCACAUGCUUCCAGUUCAAGUAAAAAACAACAAAAAAAAACACAACAUUAAAAUGCCUUUGAUGAAAGAACAGGAUUAAAGCUGAUAUUUUUAUCUGCUGCAAAGAACAUCUGAAAAUCCUGCUCUUUUUAUACAAAAAUUCUUUUUAUGGCAGUGUAACUUCUGUACAUUUAUAAUAACGCAAGUUAACUUGUCACAUUGAUUCAUGUUUCAGCUUUAUUUACUACUCUUUAAACACAGUAAAACAUCAGUCAAUGGAGGUUCCAUGGAUCAUCCAAAUUGCUCAUAGUCUUUACAGGUUUCAAGUAAUCAAAACAGAAAAAAUAUUGAAUAUAGCCAGGGACCCCAUGAAUUUCGUGGAUUAAGUGGGGUGCUCAAGUUGUUGUUGCUGGAGUUAGCAGCAUUUCAGUAAAUAAAGAAUUAACCUUACCCUGCUAAAUUUCUGUAAUGAACUUGUCAGUCUUUCAAUUUGGACAGAACCAUUCACUGUUAAAAGGGUGCAUACUAAAAAGAUACUGACUGAAUGGCAAACAGUGCAGAUCAUGAUCAGACUGCACAGAUGUGCAGGCUGAUCAUGAUCUACACUGGUCGCAAAGGCAGAAUCGAUUGUGUCCAGCAUGAUAAGGGUUAAAGUUUUGUCAUGAAUUUGUUGGACUUCUUUAAGCUAGCAGGCUCAACUAUGUGUUUAGGUCAGUGAAACUAAUAUAAUGUUUGUGAUAAAAUGUCACAGGAUCAUGAUCUGACUUUUGCGUCUCAAAAUAGACUGGUCAACCUUUACAGAAAACAUACAUGUUCACAUGACUUAAAAAACUGCGUUAAACCCAAAACAAACAAAUAAAGUAACCAGCAAUAGGUCUGUAUUGAAACAAUAAAAACAGGAAUCAGUAUGAAUUUACUUUAUUUUUGGUGCAUAAUAGCUUUUUUAGGUAGACGAGUGCAAGCUUACUUAUUUGUGUUUGUUCUGUUGUCAGAGACUGCCAUAGAAAGAAAUAAAGAAAUUUAAUGAAUUUUAUAAAGUACAGUGUAUGUUAAACACUAAAUCUUGCCUAUUCUGUCAGUUUUAUACCUUUCAUUAUGCUUACGUAAAAAUUUUGAAAUAUAAGCUGUAAAUUUAAAUGCUAAAUAGUCGUGAUUUAAAUGUUAUAGAUAUGAAAUAAAAAGUUGUGUUGUAAUUUUGGAUAAAGUUACUGCUCUCUGUUUGGAUUACUGUGUGUUGAUUGCUAGUAAAAUGUAACACACAUAAAUCAGAACAUACAGAAGAGGGAAGUUCCGUCUAUCCAACACCAACGCAUAAGCCAUUGUGUUUUAUAUUCAGGUGUUUGAGUAAUAAGUUGAGCCUGUUAAUUCUGAGAAACUAAAUUUUAUAUGCCAUUUAUAGUUUGUUUAUAAGUUUAAAAAGGAGGUAAUGAAAUUCUGAAUGAUUUAAGAAUACACUCAGUGUUGGUUAUCUAUAAACAGUAUUUUUCAGCUCAACACAGUUAUGUAACAUUUGUUCUAUUUCAUACACACCUUACAUAUGUACAUUUUUAUACAUAAAGAGGGACCUAUGUCUUACCAUACAUAGAACUGUGAUAAAGUAAACAUGUUGAACACAAAAAUAUACUUGAGAGCAGUGAAUGAGUAUUUUUUAAUUUAUUAAUCUGUAACAUGUUUUUCUUCAGUUUGAGAAAGGCAGAUAUUUUCUGUGGGACUAAACAAGCUAAUACUGUACAGUAAACGUAUAUCAAGCAAUGCGGUGUUGUUCUAGGGAGGUUGUAAUUGCAUAGGAAUUGUGUCUUCCUGUUUUGUCUGCCUGUGGAAGAUGAUUGAGUGCUAGUAUUAAUGUUCAGUGUAGUAGAGCUUAAAACCUAAAUGUCAUACUAUUUAUUUAUUUUUUUUUUUUUUUUUUUUUUUUUUUUUGGUGUUACUGAAUCAGUUACCCUAAACACAUCAGUCCUGCCAGUUGUAUUUUGAUAAUAUAUUGAAUAAUAAAUAAAAUGAGAAGAUCCUUUGGCAGCACAGAAUGCAUCAAUAGAAGACUCUGUUUGAUUUAGCCUGUUUGUGAGCAGUAAUACAAUGAGCAACGCCCCCUUGCACCGGCUAGUAGAACCUUAUUAUAUAGAAGAUUGAAUGGAAGAAAUGAUAGACAUCUCUUCCUAUAGUUUCAAAGUAAAAUAUUGCAUUUUGCAUUUUGAUUUUUGGGUUGUGAAAGAAUAGUCUUGUGAACAGAACUAAACUUAAUGUAAUCAGCAUAAGUUCAUAUGACAUUUUUGAUUUUUCAUGAAGAGUCGUAAAGGAAAUUUGAAACAAAAUACUGUUGGGUCACAUCUUUUGCUGUGACUGAUGCAGUGCGAUAGUAAAUUACUGUCCAAUACAUUUGAAAUGCUGAUGGCUGCAAAUGAAUAAUAGAUAAUUUUGCUGUUGGGUGAACAAGUGGUCCAUGAUAAACACUUGACUGGAGAAACUAUAUUGAUACGUCAUCCUGGAAACAGGAUUGUUGAGUACAGUUGCUGUAUGUGACAACUUUAUCAGGCUAAAAGGGGGCCCGAGUGGUUAAAUUCCCAAAUCCCUUGUCCCUCAUCUCUGUUGGUUGUGCCAAUGACAUGACUCCUACCUUAAAUAAUAUUUGGAGGACACAUAAUAUUAUGUAGAUGCCACUUUAAAGCGACAAAAACAAGAACUUUUUAGAUGUUUCCUGCAAUAGCAGUUAUAGAUUUAUAGAUAUUUUAUAAAUACACCAUUUAGUAUUAUUUAUUUUUACCUCAUCUUUAACAUCACUUCUUUCAUCAAACACUUCUGCUUUUCUGUAUAUUGCAAAAAGGAAUACAUGGAUGCCUAGCAUAAAAGUAGUUUUUUAUUUGGAUAAAUACUUACUUAGAAAUCAUUAUUUGCCUCUCACCGAUGUGGGUUCAAGCCUCACGCGGGGCAUUGAAUUCUUCAGGUGAGGAAGCCAUCCAGCUGGCUUAUGGAAGGUUGGUGGUUCUACCCAGGUGCCUGCCCGUGAUGAAAUAAUGCACGGAGGGGCAGCUGGGAGUCUUUCCUCAAAACUAUAAAGUGGACAUCUGACCUAUAAUUAUGUCAGUGUGACGUUAAACCCAACAAAGACAUUAUCAAGGACUAACUUCCAUAAAUUUUGUGUCUAAGCAGGUCUGCAAAAUAAAAUCUGAGGAAGAGUGAAGGAUUUUUAUUUUCGGUCUAUGAAGAGCCAUUGCAGCUGCAACAACAUUUUUACAGCAGUGAAAAACGAUUUCAUGGUAUUUAUAUUUUUCCAGAUUUGAUAAAUGUGAUGUAUUUUCGGUACCUGAGUUUAUAGAUUCACCAUGAACUAUGGCCUACAGUUGAACAAUUUGUCCAUCACAAUUGUGUAUCAAGUAAAUAACAGACUGUAUUUUUUUAAUUAAGAGUCUUGUUAUCUUGCCAUCAUUGAUCAAAAAAAAUUUCACAUAUUAUUUUUCAGUUCCUUUGUGAAUAAGUUUUGUGCACUUGUCUUGUUUUACACAUUCUUUAUAGUACAAAGAAAAUACACAUUUUUGUUCUAAAAUGAAAAUAAUGUAUAAAUUUUUGAGUUAAUCUAGCUCGAUUACGAAAGGUUGACACUUCUGCACAGGUGCCAACUAGUAGAGAGGGGCACCUGGGGUCUUCCACCUUCGAAAGCAGAAAACGUCGCCAUAUUACCUACAGUAUAACAGUGUAACUGUAAAUAUCACAAACAAACUGGAUAUAUAUAUAUCUGUCUAAACUCUUGGAUAUUUACCCUUUUUAAAGUGCACUACAAAACUUCUAACAUGCUUUAAUGACCUUGUAUACCUUCAGAUAGAAAAAAAAAUCUCAGUAUCAAUAAUCUCAUCAUUUGUUAUUUCAUUUUGUGUCCGGUAAAUCACCUUGUCUUUAUAUACAUAUAUACUGUAUAGUUUUUAUUUAUUGUAUAUAGAUAGGGAAUAUUAUUAUGUUUGUACAUUGAUGUUAUAAUGAUAUAGAUUAUGUCUCUUUUUUUUUUUAUUCACAUUCAACUGCGAUAUUUAUAGUACAUGCAAGUUCAUUGUAACUUCAACAUGUAUUUUUUUUUUCUCUCAUUUUUCCAAUGUGUAACUUUGUGUUGACUGAUGUAAACUAUAUCUGAUACAUCUAAAUGUGAACAAGGUUGCAAGACCAAAUGAAUAAAGUGUAAAAUACCAAA